AGCCACUUAAUUCUAAACAAACACAGAUGGCCUUGGCUUCUACUAGAGCCCAGUAACAUAACCUGAAUUGUGCACUGGCUGUAGUAUUUUGCAACUGUUCAAGUCUGGGUGGACAUGGUCACAUGUUAUGAGUGUUUUUGAUACAACAAAUAUGAAGGAACUAAACGUAAUUUUAGUCUCAAAUAUCCCUGCGCACUUCCGCACUCAUUGAUGCACAUAUCUUCUCAAUGUAGCCGCUUUGUUUAUGUGCAGAAUAAUGGUGUGACGCAAAUCAAAGAUGUGAAGUUAUCUUACACGGGCCAAAGUUGGAUUUUCAGUUGAUAAACAGAAGCCUGACUCCUAGUCAGUCGAUUUCAAGAAAAAAUAACAAACCCUUGUCUGAGGUACCCAUAUUCUCAUAUAUAUAUAUAUAUAUUUAACUCCUGCUUCCAGAAAGACUGUGAAAUAAUGAAUAUGUACUCAAAGCAGAUAAAUAGAUUUAGGUUUGAAAGCCUGUUACGAUAGAAGAAAGUCGCUCAAAACAUGAUCCGGCAAACAAAUGGUGCGUCACUGGCUGCUUGAAGUCCGCAGCCUCCACCGACUCAGACUUUCCAAUAGCUCACUCUUGAGGCACUGCACAUUGGAGCUCGAAGUCGGGAGAUUUCUUCAAGUGCCACAAUGUUGUUUUUCCGGGAGGGCGUGGGGCAGACUUGGCUGCCCAUGUGUCUCCUGCUCUGUGUGUGGUGCCCUGUGCUCGGACAGGAGCUGGACCAGACGCUGGCUGAUUGGGACGACUGGGGCUCAGGCCUCCAGGACCUGCUGCUGGCCGGCUUCCCGGCGGACAGCCCUUUUGUUUCAGAGACACCGGACAGGCCUGCUAACUGCACUCAGCGCUUCUGGCUGCCCCCGUCCUACCCGGUCUGCUGGGACGACGUUGUCGGGCAGGAGGAGUUCGAACAGACCCGCCUGCUGGCUCUCCAGAACCGGGCAGCACUGCAGGCUGUGUCACUGGCCAGUGGCCUGGACGAAGGGGGACUUUCGAAUGAAGAACAGGCCCGCCAAGAUGUGCAGGGGGUUCAGGCUGACCAUCAGGAAGUGGUCCAAACCGCAGACACCAUGGAGAAGGUUUUCUUCUCUUUAGAAGAGAAAAGGAGAGAAGGCACUGAGCAUUAUACCUUUUCCAGCAUAAAGGAGCAGCUGACCAACACUAGAGCCUCACUCCAUAGUCGAGGGGAACUAGCUGCACUUCUGGAAGAGAAGCUCUCUGUUCUAGAGAGGUCCCUGGACCUCAUGCAACUUCGGCUGGCCAAACUACUGGCACGGAGAUGGUAGCCAUGCCCACCCUUUUCAUUACAAUGCAUGACUCAUAACUAACAUAGAAAACCCUUGUUACAGUGACCACAGUUAUCUCUGAAAUGUGUAUUUACCUGAGAGUUGGACUUGUUUUAGAUGAGAUUGGGAGGCAAUUACUUUGUCUCAUUGGCGCCUGCCAUCCAAAUGAUCCAAUGAAUCAUACAUUUUGUUGGCUAUUAUAAGCCUUGGUAAUAAAAUCUAUAUUUUUAUAUCAUCAGCCUGCAGGCUUGUUCCCUUUACAUUGUGCGACCACUAUAAAACUGCCCCUGAAAUGAAA